AUUCAAGACACAGCUAGCUAGCUAGCUAGGCUUAAUUAGAGGAAAACAAACACAAAAGUUCUCUCUUUUUUUUUAAGAGAUCAGGAAGUACUGUAUGGAACGUAGGGGUGGAUUCCAAUAUCGCUGUCGCCGGCAUGCAAAAUCGAAUUCUGCCUCGGCCAUAUUGCUGCCUAAUAACGCAGCCAGCAACACCCCCAACACAAACAAUGAGGAUACCAACACCUUCAACAGCCCUGAUCAUCAUCAACAGCAUGACUCGCCAUGCAUGCAGGUGCGUGAACAAGACCAAUUCUUGCCCAUAGCUAACGUGAUACGCAUCAUGCGUCGCAUCCUACCGCCCCACGCAAAGAUCUCCGACGAUGCCAAGGAGACCAUCCAAGAGUGCGUGUCCGAGUUCAUCAGCUUCAUCACUGGGGAGGCCAACGAGCGGUGCCAGCGCGAGCAGCGAAAGACUGUGACGGCCGAGGACUUGCUCUGGGCCAUGGCAAAGCUGGGCUUCGACGACUACGUUGAGCCCCUCAACGUGUACCUGAACCGCUACCGCGAGGCUGAGAAUGAGCGCGGCGGCAGCAGCAGCAGCAGUACUUUACGUGGCCGGGAUCCUAAGCUGCCUCUUUAUCCGAAGCGUAGCGGCCUGGAUAUUCAUGGUCCUAUUAUGGCCGUGCCAACGCCGUUUGGCCCUAGCUUCCCUAUGGGCCAUCUCCCGGGGAUGUUUGAUGCUGCUGCUGCAAUGGCUGGGUACUAUAGGGAUCAUGUGCCUGCUCCUGCAGAAGGCUCCUCCCCUGAUGAUGAUCAUCAUGAUCACCAUAAUGCUUUGGCUAGCUAUGAUCCUUUUGUACCCAGAUCGAAUGACCCGUAAUAUAUAAUAAUAUAUGUUUGGGGUACAAAUAAUCAUAAGCAAAAUACUUGACAUUAUAUACCAUUAUAGCCAAGAUGGUGGGUGCAAACGCGAGGGCUUUGAUAUUUGUUCCAUGACAUAUAUAUGUUACAAGCAUGUAACUAGGCGUUCUCUUGUAUACUUUUGUGUACUUGGACUUUGUCUAAUUGCUAAAAAAAAAAUCAAUAUAUAACA